AAUUAGCAAGACUUCAGCUAGCCUCCACCUUACAGAAACUUUCCAGUUUUAUGCAAACUAACCGUGUCUUCACAUGCAGACACGAAGCAAAAUAGGAAAACCCUCCACCAACCUAUACAGCAGAAACAUUCCAACAGCCAUCACUCCUGGAAUGGAAUAUGGUAUGGAAAAGUCCUCCAGUGUCCAUCGCGGCUACUCUCCAAGAUCCAGAAUGACACCCAGGAAGGAGAGGGAGAGGAAAGCUGUGGUGCCUCCCAGAAGUCACAGACAAAGGCAAUCUAAGACAAGCCGGAUCCCAGAAACAGCAUUAGUGAGGAAAGAGAGGCUACAGAAGGAGAAGCCAGAGACAAAUGAGGUGACAGUGGGGCAGGAGGCAGAAAUGAAGGUGAACUCCACUGUGGUGGAUAUAGACAGCGUGAGAGACGAUGAGGUCAAGGAGGAAAACCUGGGACUUCUAGAAGCAGCAGAGCAUGAGGAUGGUCUGAAACGCAAGAACCUGGGAGUGUUUGAGUGGCUGCUGAUGGUCUUUGUCUUGGCUCUGGUUCUUCUCUUCCUCCCUCUUUCCAUCUGGUUCUGUGUCAAAGUAGUGAGGGAGCAUGAAAGAGCUGUGAUCUUCAGACUGGGUCACCUACUGCGUGGAAGACCCAGAGGACCAGGACUUCUCUUCCACCUCCCACUCCUUGAUGUGUGUCACAAGGUUGACAUCCGUCUGAAAAUGCUGAAGGUUCCUCUUCACACGGUGGUGACAAAGGACCUGGUGAGGCCGGAGCUGAGUGCAGUGUGUUUUUACCAGAUCGAGAAUGUGGCUUUGUGCAGCACAGCUCUGUCCAGUCUGACCACAGUGCUGCAGACUCUGGUCCAGACAGUGGUCAGAGACAUUCUCGCCCAACACACAUUCAGCCACAUCCUGCUGCACAGGAGGAAGAUCGGACAAAAGAUACAAACAGCUGUCGACUCUGUUGCUUGCCACUGGGGCAUCAGGGUGGAGAGAGCAGAUAUAGACGAGCUCAAUUUUCCUGUGGAGUUACAGCAGAGUCUGGCUGCAGAGGCCGAGGCCAAGAGACAACACCAGGUCAGACCUUGAGAGCAUAACCUUGGUUUAUCCUGCAAAACAAGUGUUCUUUAGCCCCCCGCCAACUGAAGUGUACCCUUGCCAGCAAAAGCAACAGAAGGGGAGAGAGAUGCCUGGGAGGGUUUCAGGGCUUCCCUCCGUCUCCUCCAUCCUGCCCUGGUCCUUCCACUUCCCCCAGAUCUCCUUAAUACAACCCCU